UAUCACGUGUCACGCACGUGACAAACACACAUGUGUAUCCACCACCGUUGUGUCCUAAAACCUCCACAUCUGGUAGAUCGCCGACUCGCCCAGACCAACAACACUACACCAACUCCCUCACCGGCGCAAUUCACCAACCGCACACUUUCCGAUACAACGCCGUAACCGUAAAACAAUACCUUACACUACUCCAUCACCGCUUCCGUUCCACUUCAAAAUCAAUUCUGAAUUGUAUCGAGUAUAAUCGAUAACAGUGUUAUCUCGCGCGUUGUAGAACAUGGAGAAGAUGCAUUACGCCGAGGAGUUAGUAAGAGAGUUUCUCGUGUUCCGAGGAUUCACCAACACUCUCGAAGCUUACGAAACGGAAUUACGCACCGACGUCGGAAAAGGCUUUCAGGUCGACAAAAUUCUUGACCUAAUCUUCUCGCUAUACGUUCCGAAGUUUCAGAUCGAUAAACUGGUAGCGCUUCUCGGUUUCUUCAAACACUAUCUAUCUUCGUCUUUCGAAACUACACUCGUUUCAACUUUCUCUAAGCUGGAAGCUUCUGUUUUACGAUUCUACGUCGUUCACGCUUUGCAAUCCAACCGGAGGGAUAAGGUUGUUGAGUUUUUCACUGUGCAUGGUCCUGAUUUGUUGCAGAGUUCUCAGGAGGAUUGGACUCAAUGGUUUGCAAUUCCUUAUGUGAAGAAUCCGCAAUUGGAUCCGGAAUUUCGAAUUUUCUUCUCCAAGGAGUGGUAUCAGGCCUUGCAUCUUUCUGUUAGAAACUUCUUUAGUGAGAUCUUCAAUGCUACUCGUCUACCUGCUCUACUGAAGAUUAGUUCAGAGAUGAAUGCUACCAACCUACUCAAAAGAGAUAUCACACAGCUAAAUAUUAAAUUGUCAGAACUUCAGGCUUUACUCAAUGAAAAAGAGACACAAUUAAGGCAGUUUAAAAGUAUGGAAGGAAGUAUUAGCUCAUCAAGCAAUUUGCAUGAAGAAAGUACUCAUAUGUCAAAGGAUUCUCCAGAGACUUUUCCACGAGAAGUUCAAACAGAUAUUGGCCAAGAUUUAGUUGUGGGUGAGCCUGGAAGUUUUCAGUCUGAGUUUGUUAGCUCUAAGUCUGGCGAUAAUUCAACUUUCUUAUUGAAUGAUGUUGGAAAUGGCAAGGCUGGCAAUACCACUUUAAAAGAAAACGAUGGGGAUGUGUCUAGGGAAGAAGACUUUGAUGAGGUCAAUGUAGAGCACCAGGAGACUUUUUUGGGGCACACCAGUCCAAUCAGCCGGUGCCGCUUCUCUGCAUCUGGAAACAAUAUUGCUAGUGCUUCUCUAGAUGGAACUGCCAGGAUAUGGACAUACGAUGCAUCAACUCCGGCGUCUAGAAAUGCAACCAUAUAUUGCGGCACUGAAAUUCUGUCACUUGACUGGGAAUGCAAAUCAGACCGCUUGCUUCUGAUAGGUACAUCUGAUGCGUGCAUUAAGGCAUGGAAUGUGGACGCAAAGAGAGUUGUUUGUGACCUUAACACAACUGAAGCAUUUCCAAGUGUAUUGGACAUAAAGUGCAGUCCUGUUGAACCUAUUUUUGUGUCCGCAGCAGCAUCUGGAGGGUCUAGUUCAAACUAUUUUGACAACCUGGGUUUUGCUUCACUCACUGUAUGGAACAUGAAGACAUGGAAGGCCAUGACAGUUCUUCCUCUUGGAGAAGAUCCACCCGCAAUUACUUCUCUAUGUUUCAAUCAUAACGGGAAGAUUUUAGCAGCUUCUGCUAUUGAUGGAAUGAUUCACAUGUUCGACAUGUCCGCUGGUCUACAAAUCACUGGCUGGCCUGCACAUGAUUCUUCCAUCAGUUCUAUUCUUUUUGGACCGGAUGAGACUAGCAUUUUUAGCUUCGGCUCGGAUGGAAAGAUUUUUGAGUGGAGCUUGCAAAACCAAGGUCAAAUCUUGUGGUCGAGAGACUGUAGUAGGUUUUGUUACCCCGUUAAUGAUUCAAAUUAUUAUAGACGUGAUAUGGCAUUAGAUGCAAAUGGGAGGAGACUCUUGGUAACAUCCAGUUCAGUUAUAGCACCCAUAUAUCAGGUUCAGGAUCAUUUGACUGGUUGGAGAACACUUUCUCACGGUGCUCCUAUUACUGCUGUAGAUUGGCAUCCGACUUUGCCCAUUUUCUUGACUGGAUCAGCUGAUAACUCUGUCCGAGUAACAUCUUUACUAUCAUAGUGCCCCUUUGUUAUCUUGGAUUUUUUCAUUCUUUCUUUGGUGAGAGUUUAAAUAGGUUCUAUUGGAUUUUUAUGUUGUAAUUUAUUGGCCUCUCUCUCAUUAUAAUGUAUAUUGCAACUGACUCUGUAAAUUCUGUAUCUCCAGGUAGGAUGUAUAUUCAUGCAAUUUGCUUGUUUGUUUUAUA